GAAGUGGUUCCACGUUGGUGGACACGACAUUCGAUUCGGCGCAGUGGAGUAUUGUCUGGUGACAGGGUUGUGCUUCGGGCCAUCCCCGCAGUGUUUUGAUCCUAAUGUGGAUCACCGUGUUGGGAAGCAGAGUCUAUGGCACCGAGUUUUGAAAGGCAAGAAGGUGGAAGUGAAGGAUCUGCGGAAGCGGUUCGUUAGCCGCAGUCUGGGCAACAGUGCCCAGGAUUAUUUGAGGGUGGCCAAUAUUCUCGUGGCGUAUGAUCUCAUCUUCUGUCGGGAUUAUAAAUACGUGCACGAUUGGGUGUGGGCACUGGUAGAGGACGAUCAGGCAUGGAUCGACUUCCCGUGGGGCUCUUACUCAUUCCAGAUUUUGUGCCAUGGGAUGAGUGUGUUGAAGAAGCAUCCCGCGGAGAUUACCGGUACUAGGAAGACGUACCACUUCUAUGGGCCCAUAUGGGCAUUACAGAUUUGGUCGUACGAGGCCAUUCCGAGGUUGGGCCGCGCGUGUGGGGCUCGUGACACGAGCUUCCAGAUGCCACGAUUGGUCAACUGGACGACUUGGAAGUCGGCUUCUGACUUCGCCCACUUUUUUUAUGCUGAUGAGGACGAGUGUCACCGGACACUCGAACCGGUCGAGGAGGAGAAUGAUUCAUGGUAUUUGCAGACUCUGAGGCUUCCCGACCCUUUUUCUGUACGAUACCAUCCUGGAGGGAAAUAUGCCGGCUUGACAGAGCCACUUGUACCGGAACCGCCUCCUCCUGUUAGGCCUCCUCCUGUGCAGAGGAGUAGCUCACGAGCAGAGCCUGUUCCUGUUAGGCCGCCUCCUGUGCCGAGGAGUAGCUCACGAGCAGAGAAGGCUCGUGGGAAGCAGCCUGUCCAUGUUGAGCGGCAUAGGCAGAUGUAUGCUGAUCCGACUGGUAGCCCGUCGAAGCGGCCCAGGCCGCAGGAGUUCGAUGAUUCAGGGCCUCGAGCAGAUCCAGAUGCUGAUUAUUGGAGGCGAUGUGACGAGGACUUGAUUGCCCGUGUCACUGAGAGCGUGACACGGGAGCAGAUCCGGACCGUGAUCCCUGAGGUGCGGCGGGCGAUUGUAGACGACGACUCCGAGCAUGGACUGGUUGCCAAAAUUACACGGAAGGUCGUGGCCGCUGUGAAGGAUAUCUUCGGUGGGCGAUCUUCUUCGAGGAAGCAUAGAUCAUCAUCCAGCCAUGCCAGUCGUCAUAGACACGGGAGUGAGGAGUUCGACCAGCCGAGACCCAGUCACAGACGGUUUACAUCUCACAUUCCUCUACUACCUCAGUCAACUCAUGUGACCUCGAUGCAGUCGAGAUGCGUCGCCUAUCGAACCAUUUCUCCAUAA